AUGGCUCCUCUUCACAGCCUCCAGGACGCGUGGACAGAGGUUUAUCGCAAGCGGCUACCUGCGCUGGCCGCACAGCGUGAUCCGGCUCAAAAGCUGUGGCCGGUGCAUCUUGAUCACUGCUUUGCCCGCGUUGUGCUUGACAACGCCAUCGGGAAAGACAGACCCUGGACUGAAGUUGUCAAGGCGCCGGCGGUCAAGAACAUGUCCGAGAUGCAGCUGCAGGCAGCUCUGUCGCUGGCAGACGACAUCGCAACUGGAAGAGCGAGCUUAGUGGCACUCAAUCAAACAAGUUUGGCAUUGAGGAGCAAAGCUUCAGGAGCUUCCUCGAAUAAGAGACACGCAUCUGAGGUACUGGGAGAUGAUGGCUUGAGUCGUCCUUCGAAGACAAUCAAGAAGGCAGUGGUCAGAGGAGAAGCAAGCAUAUCCAGAUAUUUUACGACGACUGAAGGACACGCGCAAACGCCUCCACAGGACGAGCCUGAAGACUUAGACUUCGCACGACGGCUCAUCGCGGAAGCCAAGGACCUCACUCCCUUCCGUAAAGAGACCCUGACGCUCUUGACACUAGUACCACGUGGUCGUUAUACGACGUACGGGGCCAUGAGCGACUAUAUCUCGCGGACCCAUCAUCCGACUUGCGCCCGUGCGGUCGGCAAUGCCAUGCGCAACAAUCCUUUUGCACCACAAGUACCGUGUCAUCGAGUCCUAGCGCACAAUGGGCGGAUAGGCGGCUUUGGAGGCGAUUGGGGCGAAGACGGGAAGCAUGCGGAUCAGAAGAGGAAGCUGUUGGCGGAAGAAGGCGUGCGAUUCGAUGUCAAAGGCAAAGUCUUUGGGGCUCCAUUCAAGGACUUCGAUCUCGUUCAAAAGAGAAUACAGUCGAGUUCGACGACUCCAGCGGAUUGA